AUGAGUCGAGAAUUUCAGAGGAAUUCAAACGCCAACGGAUUAUUGGAUCCAAAUUACGCCAACUCCAAAAUGUUCGUUAAAAAUGAUUUCCAAAAAAGAGCAGAGAUCGCCGCCGCGGCCAGCCCCGAGCGAUCGCCGCCGCGGCCAGCCCCGAGCGAUCGCCGCCGCGACCAGCCCCGAGCGAUCGCCGCCGCGACCAGCCCCGAGCGAUCGCCGCCGCGACCAGCCCCGAGCGAUCGCCGCCGCGACCAGCCCCGAGCGAUCGCCGCCGCGGCCAGCCCCGAGCGAUCGCCGGCACGGCCAGCCCCGAGCGAUCGCCGCCGCGGCCAGCCCCGAGCGAUCGCCGCCGCGGCCAGCCCCGAGCGAUCGCCGGCACGGCCAGCCCCGAGCGAUCGCCGCCGCGGCCAGCCCCGAGCGAUCGCCGGCACGGCCAGCCCCGAGCGAUCGCCGCCGCGGCCAGCCCCGAGCGAUCGCCGCCGCGGCCAGCCCCGAGCGAUCGCCGCCGCGGCCAGCCCCGAGCGAUCGCCGCCGCGGCCAGCCCCGAGCGAUCGCCGCCGCGGCCAGCCCCGAGCGAUCGCCGCCGCGGCCAGCUCCGAGCGACUAGCAAACUUUGAAGAGAAUUCUGGUUGCAGCUUCAAGAAUUGA